GGAUUAGUGCCGGCCGUUGCCCAUGGGAUACUUCAACCCAGUAAACAAACGGAGUUUUAAGUACCCGCGCUCACGGUGAAUAUCGGUAUUUAUUUCCAGUUUUACCAGUCGCCGAUUCGGUGUCCAGUGAGACGAACUCGAGUUCAAGAAGUGCCUGUCACAAAAAGUGCACGUAUCAUUAGCGUAUUUUCGACGCAUGAUCAACGAUUUUUGGUGCUUCAUCAUGAGCUUGCGGAACGUUUGUACUUUUCUCUGCGUGGUGCUCAGUGUUUACGCACUGCCAUUGCCUCACAGGAAAUUUGAUCCACCAAGUACCAGCCAGGAAGUCCAGGAUUUCUACAGAUUGCGCUUUUCUUCUUACCGUCCACUUCGCGUCCCAGUUCCAGGAUCUUCAGAGGUGCCUUAUGGUCUCCAAAGCUCGACUAACGAGCAGCAGAGUCCUUUACCAUUGGUCAUUGAUCUUGGUCAAGAUAUGAACAAAUCCCACCGAAAAACUAUUCCAAAAAUUCAGCCGGGCAUAUAUGGAUUCGGGAACCCAAUUUGGUUGUACAAAAAAGGUAUACUGAUUGACCGCAAUUUCAGAGUUAUCGCUAGCGCAGCAAUGGAAAGGCUCAAGCAGGUUUUUCUGCGACAGCAGGCAUUGAUAGACAAAAUGCAUAGUAUCGAAUGGCGAAAUAAAUUCGGAAAAAUACCUUUUCACACCAUGAACGAAGAUCACGUUAUCGUCAAGAAGCCUGGAGCGCAUUUUGACGUCAUUUUCCCGCCUAAUACCGAGGCGCCGUCAAGUUUUUCAUCGGUGGAUCCAGUCGUUCGACCGGUAACAAUACAAAAUCCGGGUACAUCCGGGCUUCACCAGGCUUCGGAAAUUCUCACGACGUUUUCGAUUAAUCGGCCAACGACUGUGGAAACUCCGGAAGUGGGUCAGGCUGUAAAGAUUUUUGAUUCUAUGGAGAAUUACGAAGUUACAAAACCUCGGCUACCUUCCUAUGAUUCGGUUUUAAUUGACUCACUGACCUCAACAGUGAAACCAACGGAAUCUAUCCUCGAGAAUCUAAUUUUUGAUGCAAGUACGACAGAACCGCCAUUCACGGAAUUCAGCGGUGCUACCGUAGAAACUGAAACUGGUUUUGAAACCGUGAGUAUGACUGGAAGUGGCGAUGAACAAACCGUUGACGUUGAAGCAGCUACUCACAAUGGUGAAAUUGUAUUUUCUACCAUUCCAAGUAAAACGACAUCGAAAACAGAAGUGACUUCGUUAGAGCCAUUGCAGCACUCGCAGACAACUAUCGAAUCUGGAAUCAAGCCUGAAUCUAUACCAAGUUCGGUAAUCGACGUGGAAUCAAUAGUUGAAAAAAGUGGUUCAAUUCUUACGUCUGUGGUUAUAGAUCCGACCCCCAGCAUCACAGCUGAAGAAUUUACGACCUCGAUUCUCGGUGCAGAAGCAACCUCUCAAAUACCUUCGACCUCCGACCUCAAUUCCGUGAUAGAUACUGUCUCGGUGACAGAAGAAACUCUUUUUGAAUCGCCAGUAUCAGAAACGACUGUUGAAGAAUACGGAACAGGUGUUGCGUUUAUAAAUGUACAUUCGACUAAUCAGGAAGUAGAAUCCAAAACUGUCGAUUCGGCCGUUGACGGUACGAUAAAGGACUCGGAACCAAAAACAGGCAUUGAUUCGACAUUUUUGGUUCCUAAACUUCCAAACCAGACGAUUAUCGGUUUAGAUGAAAUACAUUCAACGACUGAAACACACUUUGAUUUUUUACCGACUGAGGUGGAAAUAAUCGACGAGACCGCAUCGACGUUCUCUUCCGUUACUCCAAUUAAACCGUUCUCACCUUUGGAUGAUGUGACUAUAGGUGGAGUGACAUCCUUUGACAAUUCCAGAAAUUACGCAGAAACGAGUACAAACGUCGUUUCGGCGUAUGCAGAUUUUAUAGGUUUAACAGAGGUAUCUAUUAAUUUAAAUGACACCGCGUAUGGCUCGAACGCAUCCUUCGGAACAUCGACACAAGACGCAAAAAUAACUGCAGAAAUUGCAUCAUCGUCAUCAUAUGCAGUUCCACCUGAAACAAGCAUCAAUUGGAAUCGAGAAGCAUCGAUCAUGGAUACGGUUUUUCACAGGACGAUAACCGAAGGAGAACACAAUACGGAAACUGUUCCAAUGUUGCCUGAUGUAACCAAACCUUUCGGUGAAACAUUUUCAAGUCCUCGUACACUUUUUGAGACUUCGACGAACAAUACUGAAACGACUACAAUCGCUCACUGGACAUUUCCACCUUCCACAUUUUCCACCGAGGCAACAGCAGAUUUGAGAUACAUGUCUUUAACUGAAGUAACACCCUAUCAGAGUUUGGAAACUGAAGCAGAUACAACUACAGAGAUGGUUUCAUCGAUCCCUGAAACUACCUUAACAGCGACAAUUGUUAUUUUAGAAGAAAGAAAUGUAAAUGAGGAGGUGCGUUUCAGCGAUUUGAAGUAUGACUUAGAAGCAAUAACAAAUAUUAUUUCAACGACACCGGCUCCAACUCAACCAACCGAGACAAUCGUCGAUUCAAAUGAAAUAUCUUCAAAUGCUGAUGUAUCCGUCCAAACUUCAACAAGUAGAGCAAAAGUGAUUGAGGAAACUGUUUCGAAAUCCCCAACUUCUACCGUUCGACCAGCAACAACCAUGACUUAUGAUCAAAUGUUUGUAAUUACGAAUGUGCCAUUCAAAACUUUGAACACCAGCGAGCAGAUGUCUACAGCAGAAGUUGUUUCGAUAUAUCAGCCUGUAAUAUUAACGGAGAUGACUACAACUUUGGACGGUACAUUCACCUUCGCUGGGAUACCUGUCAAUAGUUCAACAAAUGACACAAAAAUAACCAUGGAUGCUCCAGUUGAGAAAGACGCGACUUUGAAUGCAUUGUCAACUAUUGAUCCAGUCGACCCAGAAUCUCCUGAAGUUAGUCGGACACUUUCAUCUGCGAUAUCUGAGCAACCCAUGACGGGGAACGAGCACUUCUCAAACAUUGAUGCAACCAAUAUCAGGUUGACUGGUAAUGAAAAAUGGACCACGGAAAUAGCGUUAACAUCAGUUCCUGCCAUUCCAUUGGAUGCGGAUGAUGUAUCCAAUUCUGAGAACGGUGUCGGAGAUGACGAGGACAGUGAUUAUUCAGUGAGACAUCAGGAGUACAGUAGCUAUGUAACAGUAUAUCCUUAUACAACAUCCAUUAGCUCUACAAAUAUUGGAGAACAAUUAACGGAAAUCGCUUUCACCGCACCUACUGAUAUUAUUCUGGGGACAACUAAUGUACCCACUAUUGACGAUGGUACUGGAAUUGGAGUUGAAGACUCAGAAUAUUCCGUGGAGAACCAAAAAAUUAGAACAACACCAUUUAUUACUGACGCAGCCUUCACCAGUUAUACCAGUCAUGAGGAUUCGACUAAAGAAAUAAAAUCAAUAUUACCUAUCAAUAGCGUACUCGAUAUUGAAGUCGAACAGAAUCAUUCAAAAAACCAAGACGCCAGCAGUUACGCACUUGAGUCUAUUGAACCAGGCUCUAUCAGCUUAACGAAUAAUGAGGAAACAAUCAUGGACAUAGCUUUAACCGAUACCUUAACAGAGGCAUUUGAUGUUCCUAGCUCUGAAGACGGCGUAAAUGUUGAAAACAAGAGUGAAUACACUAUCGAUGGUCAAGACAAUACUGACCGCGCAGUUGCAACUACUAAUCUAACAUCCAUCGGUUUCACAAGUGAUGAAAAAACGAAUACGGAAACCGUCUUUACAUCACCCGCUGAUAUUUUAACCGAGACGGACGAUUCACUCGACUCUAAAGCCGACGACAAACUUAAAAAGGGUGACGAAUAUCCUGUAGAGAGACAAAACAAUAGAGACUAUGUAACUGAAAAUACUAAAACAGACUCCAUGAUCGGUUCAACAAGUUACGAAAACACGAUGACGGAAAUCAUUUCUACUGAUACUCCAUUCGAGACAAAUAAUGCGUCCACUCUCGGAAAAGGUUUCGAACUCGAACACGAUUCCGGAUAUCUUUCCACGAAUGAAGAAAAUAACGGCUAUGCAACAGUAAUUACUGAUGUAACUCCCAUCGGUUCAACAGCUUAUGGAGAAGCUUUAACUGCAACGAUUUUAACGACACCCGCUGAUAUUCUACGGGAGACAACUCGAGUAUUUCUAUCUGAGGAUGAUACUAACGUUGAAGAAGACUCUGCACGAGUGAUGGAGAACCAAGACGAACGUGCAGACCAAGCACCUGCAUCUCCUGAUCAUGAAGAAACAACUACGGAAAUCUUCCUCACACCAUCUGCCGAUACUUUAACCGAGGCGGACGAUUCACUAAACUCUGUAGCCAACGACGAACUUGAAAAGGGUGACGAAUAUCCUGUAGGGAGCCAAGACAAUAGAGAGUAUGUGACUGAAAAUACUGAUACAGUCUCCAUGGUCGGGUCAACGAGUUACGAAAAUACGGCGACGGAAAUCAUUUUGACUGAUACUUCAUCCGAGACAGAUGACGUGUCCACUCCUGAAAAAGAUCUUGAACUCGAACGGGAUUUCAAAUAUCUUUCGACGACUGAAGAAAACAACGGCUAUGCAACAGCAACUAUUGAUGUAACUUCCAUCGGUUCGACAAGUUAUGGCGAAGCUUCAACUGCAAAGAUUUUAACGACACCCGUUGAUAUUCUACUCGAGACAACUCGGGUAAUUCUGUCUGAGGAUGAUACUAACGUUGAAGAAGACUCUGCACGAGUGAUGGAGAACCAAGACGAACGUGCAGACCAAGCACCUGCAUCUCCUGAUCAUGAAGAAACAACUACGGAAAUCUUCCUCACACCAUCUGCCGAUACUUUAACCGAGGCGGACGAUUCACUAAACUCUGUAGCCAACGACGAACUUGAAAAGGGUGACGAAUAUCCUGUAGGGAGCCAAGACAAUAGAGAGUAUGUGACUGAAAAUACUGAUACAGUCUCCAUGGUCGGGUCAACGAGUUACGAAAAUACGGCGACGGAAAUCAUUUUGACUGAUACUUCAUCCGAGACAGAUGACGUGUCCACUCCUGAAAAAGAUCUUGAACUCGAACGGGAUUUCAAAUAUCUUUCGACGAAUGAAGAAAACAACGGCUAUGCAACAGCAACUAUUGAUGUAACUCCCAUCGCUUCGACAAGUUAUGGAGAAGCUUUGACCGCAACGAUUUCAACAACACCUGCUGAUCUUGUACUCGAGACAACCAAGGUACUUAUUUCUGAGGACGAUACUAAAGUUGAAGAAGACUUUGGACAAGUGAUUGAGAACCGCGACGAAAGCUACCAUGCAACUGCAUUACCUGAGUAUAGAAGAACAAUGUCGGAAAUCGGUUCGGCAGUAACAAUAGAUGAUAUGCCUGGUUCUGUGGCCAAUGUGGAAGUUGAGCCGAGAUUCGGAUACCUUGUAAAGGACCCAGGCAACAGUGGCUAUUCAGAAUACCAAACAAAUCCUAAUUUGGAUUUGGAACCGCCACGAUCUCUGUAUAAUGAGAUUGUUAUCGCUGACCAAAAGACUUUACUGAGCUUGAUACCGCUUGUCAUCGAGGAAUUACGACAAAAUAAUUUAAACGCGAAAACGAAAGACGAAUUGAGUGAAAUUUUUGGAGAUCUUUGGCCCCUUAUGGUGAAUGAGUCAAAUCGCAGGUCGUGGGAGUUCAUGAAUCAUCAGUUGGCGAUGAUUCUUUUCGAAGCUGACCAACAUACGAUAGUUGAUGCAGGAUCUCAGCAGUACAAGGGCACAAAUUCCUUUAGCAAUAAUGCAAAAAACGAGUUCCACCGAUUUUCUGAUAGUCGAAUAAAUCACGAACAAGGUACACACUUUAAUAAUCUGCAUGAUCUCGAGGGUGAGAACAUGAAUCCAUUUCUUCAAGUCGAACAUCAACAGCCAAGACGCGCCAAAAAGGAUGCUGCAAUGGAUCUGGAAUUGAAGGGAGAAGUAGCACCACAGACCGGUUACAUGGAAUCAGAUCCUCUCAUUGACGCUGAGAUUCGGAAGUUUUUCGUUAAUGACAAAGAUAAAAGUUCUGGCAUCAGAGAAGUACCCAAGGCUUAGUUAACACUUGGAGCUUGAAACCAAGGUGUGCUGAAUUUUUUACCCAAACAAGUCGGAGCCCACAGCACUUUUGCUAUAGCCCGCAUAUUUAUCCUUGACGCAGGAAAUGUAUUUUCGUAGAAAUAUAAAAACUUUUUUACAAUGUGAGAUGAAGGCUUGAAAAUAUUUUAUUGAACGUAGGUUGUGGUGAAAAACUUCUAACGUCAUUCGUGUGUAGAG